AUCAAAAUUGAAGGUAAGCAAUUAACUAAAGAUCUUCUUCAUGUAGCCUUAUAGCUUAAAGUUGCUCUCUUUGGGGUUCUUUUCAUUGAUUCAUUGCCUAUCUCUACAAACUAGUUAUGAACCAUUUGCAGAGACUACGAAGACCAUCUGUUCUCAAAUUGGUGUCUUUAAUUUUCGUUGAAAAUUACGUUAGAGCAUCAAAAACUACUAUUUGGGCAGUUGGGUCAUCUCAUAUUGUCCAAAACCCUAGAUUUUAUAGGACAAAAAAAGCUGAGAAAUCUGAAAAUGGUCAAAAUUUAGAUGAAACAUCAACUACCGAUAGCCGAAUAUCUCGUGCAGCCCGGCAAGAAGCCCAAGGUGCUUUGUUAGAGUACUUGCAUUCAACUAGAAGUUUACAGUUCAUGGAUGCAGAGAACAUGAGUCGAAACUCGCCAAUUUUUGUUGAAAAGUUAUUGAAAAAUGUUGAGAAGGAAGAAAACAUUGGGCGGUCUUUAGCCCGGUUCUUGCGUUAUCAUCCCAUUAAUGAGUUUGAACCUUUUUUUGAAAGUAUGGGUCUGAAACCAUCUGAUUACUCGUCGCUUCUUCCACGGAACCUAAUGUUUUUGAACGAUGAUGACAUGCUGAUGGAGAAUUACCAUGUUUUCUGUAAUUAUGGUAUUGAGCGGAAUAAGAUAGGAAAGAUUUACAAGGAAGCAACAGAGGUUUUUAGAUAUGCUGGUGGGGUUUUGCAAUCAAAGCUUCAAUCUUUUGAAGAUCUAGGGUUGAGUCAGUCUACUGUGAUCAAGGUUGUUGCUUCAUGCCCUUAUCUUUUGAUUGGGAACAUACAUAAGGAAUUUUCUAUGGUUUUAGAAAAAUUGAGAAGCGCGGGGAUUGAAUAUGAAUGGAUUGAGAGGCAUUUAUUUGAGGGAAAUUCUUAUAAUUGGAGCCAUAUGCUUGAACUUUUAUCCAUUUUUGGCAAAAUGGGUUGCAGCAAGGAGGAAUUGGGAGGAGUAAUCAGUCAGCAUCCGGGACUUCUAUUUGAGGGCUCAGGAAGUACCUCCUCUACGCUAAUUGGAUUCUUGUUAAAAUUUGGAUCUUCGGUGAAUGAGAUACGUUCUCUGUUUCUGCAGUUCCCACAAAUCCAAGUUUGGAAAUUUGCUUGGAAUUUGAGGAAUUGCUAUCAUUUUCUGAUUGAAAUCGAGAUGGAUGUUCAAGAUAUUGGGAGGAUUCUUCGGUUGUACAGUGCAUUACUGGGUUUAUGUUCUCUUAAGAAAGUUAACAGUGUGCUGGCUAAUCUGAAUACCGGGAAAAAGCGUGUUUGUGAAGUCAUCAAGGAAAACCCACAAGUAUUGAAGAAUUGGGUUCUUGGAUCAAGGGUCAAACCAUUACCUGACUCUGGGGAAGCGCUUAGAUCACAGAUGAUGAAGACUAAGUUCUUGUUGAGCUUGGGAUUUGUUGAGAACUCGAGCAAAAUGAGAAAAGCUCUCAGGGAGUUCCGAGACUCGAACACAUCUGGAACAAAGAAACAUUACCAGACACAGGACCAGCUUAAAACUAGCUAG